AUGGCGGAGCAGGGAGAGUUGCUGUUUGGAGCAGAAUUAGAAUUCAGCACCCAUACCUUCUAUCCAGUUCUGGUGCCAUCACCCCUGUAUGACACCUAUAUCCACUCUGUUAUACCAGCCAAACUGGACACAUCAGCAUUGGAACAGCCAUACACAGGCCAAAGCCCUCCUACAAAUAGUCAUCCCCUUUAUUCUCUCAAUAAAGAUCCAGCACCAUCUGCCUCAACCCCCAAGGGGGUCCGAAAGCAGCGUGAUGCAGCCACCCUCACUGAUCUCUGUAACAGCGCCAAUGUCCCUGAGGUGGAAAUCAUCAGCCUUCUUGAGGAGCAGCUGCCCCUCUACCAGCUCCGAGCAGAUCGAGUGUUUGGGUACGAUCACGAUGACUGGAUUCACACGCCACUUGUCCCCUCUGAUGCUGCCAGCCACCUUACACCACAGCAGACCAAGGAAACCCUGGAGUAUUUCUUGCUUUGCUCUGAACGGGUUGGAAGAAUCACCAAGACGUACCACGAUAUAGAUGCAGUCACCAGCCUGCUGGAAGAGAAGGAACAUGACCUAGAGUUAGCAGCACGCAUUGGGCAGUCCUUGUUGAAGCAGAACCGGAGUCUGUCAGAACGCAAUGAACUGUUGGAAGAACAACUUGAAUUGGCGAAGGAGGAGAUUGCACAGCUGCGACAUGAAAUUGCCAUGCGCGAUGACCUUCUGCAUCUCUACACCAACAGCACUGAGGAGAGCGAGCCAGCCUCUUCCACCCCCACUCCGUUACGAAGGAAUGAGUCUGCCUUCUCUUUGCAGCAGUGUUUCCAAUAUGAUGCCCUUCAGCAGAAACUAAAAGGACUGGAAGAAGAGAACCAGAAACUGCGCACAGAGGUUGCAAGCAUUGCUACGGAAACCUGUCAAUAUGAGGAACAAGAGCAGAAGCUGAUGAUCGACUGUGUGGAGCAAUUCUCUGAUGCCAGCCGAGAAGUCGUCCUGCUCUCUGAAGAGCUUGCCCGCAAGACAGAAGACACCGCCCGCCAGCAGGAGGAGAUUAGCCAGCUCCUGGCUCAGAUGGUAGACCUGCAGCAGAAGUGCCGUAUGUAUGGUUCUGAAGUGGAGGAACUGCAGCAACACCGCACUGCUGACAAGGAGGUCCAGCAACAGCUACGCAGUGAGCUGCAGGAUCUGCAGGAGAAAUAUACAGAAUGUGGAGCAAUGUUGCAGGAAGCCCAGGAGGAGAUUAAAAACCUCCGGAACAGGAGCCUUCCAAACAGCACCAUCCACCGCCACAGCUCCCCAACUUUCUUACCCCUGGAUUCUCUGGCUGCAGAGAUCAAGGGCACAAUGAGAAAGGGGGCGGACAGCUGUGGCUCUUCAGAGUACAAGAGCUUCCGUCGGGUCUUUGAGACAGUGAAAGCUGUGAAGCAGGCAGCAAAAGCCAGAUCACGGGCAGAGUCGCCGCUGAGUCUUCCUCCAGGUUCUCCAAAGCCUUCCUCAUUGAGCUGCAGCCACCUGAGCACGCCUCGCACCAGCUACUAUGGAUCGGACAGUCCCACGGUGGGAGGGCUGGAAGGGCAGGAGGGCCAGCCUGCUGACGAUGCCCACCGGAGUGAGAGUGGUCCAUCAGGCACGCCUGCCCAGCAGGAUUUGGAAGCUGCCCUGCAGUGCUUAUCUGCUCGCCAGGAAAACCACAGCACUGAACGUUCCUUCUUUGAAAUGGAGCGGGAAUGUAAACUGAGGCGGCUGGCCCGGGACGCCGAGGACUCCAGUGGCUUUCUCACGCCCAACGACAGCAUCACCUCCACUGGCACCAACUAUUCAGGAAGCUCUGGUGGAUCCGGCUUCUCUCUGGGCUCCUUCUCUUACUUCCCGGAGAAGCUUCAAAUCAUCAAACCUCUGGAAGGGUCCAUGACCCUACAUCACUGGCAGCAGCUUGCCCGCCCUCACUUGGCAGGAAUCUUGGACCCGCGGCCCGGUGUGCUCACCAAAGAUUUCCGGCAGCUUGACACAGAUGUGGAAGAAGUCUAUAGCCUGAACGACCUGGAGGAAGAUGAAGUGGACGUGAGCUCCUUCCCAUCCCUUGCUACCUCGACACCGACCAAAGCCAAGGAAAGGCCUAGCGUCUUUCACUCCGUUAACAAUCUGCCCCAGACCCCGCCUACUUUCACCAUCACCACUUGUUGCAUCUUGCACCCUAGCAACGAGGUCACCAAGGUGACCCACAGUCUUUGUAAUACGGUUGUGCCCUCUUGUGGGUCCGGUGCGGGGCUGAGCCCCCCUCUCCCUUCCCAGCUCCCCCUGCAGGAACAGCCGAGCCAUGAGAGGACGGAAGAGCAGCAGCCAGAAGUUUCUCCUUUUGGACUGGUUUCUCUGCUAACACAACGAGGCAUUUCAGCGUGGGGCAAUGUGGGGGCAGCUGGAACCUUGACCUGGUUUCCCGGGAGCUCAAGCCCUCCGUGUGGGUUGCCUCCUCCCUUGCCUUCGCUGUGGGGCGGCCGCUGGGACGGCCUAGCCGAGUGGGCCUUGGGGCCGCGUCCAUGGCCACGGAGGACAUCUGAAGAGGGCAGCCAGAAGAGCAUCUUCAGUUUGAAUCUGGUGGAGAAACUGCAGCAGCUGGGGUUGGACAAAGUGGUGGCUAGGGGAGAGGCUUCAUACGCCACCUUGCAUCUACAGGGCCUUCACCAGAGGAAGAGAGACCUAUUGUGACUCCACUGUUCCCAUUGCCCUCUACUGGUGAUGCUUUGGUUAGCAGCAAGAAUGUUCCCUUGAGCUGCUUCCUGAACAGUUGUGACAAAGCCAGCUAGCAAUGUGGCUGGAGCUUUGGGCUCAUCUUUUGGGGGUCCCUGCAGGGGGUUUCGAGGCAGGGGGAAGUGGGGCUCUACCUGGAAUAAUGUCCCCCUUCCCACUGCCUGUGAUAACGACGGGUGGGGAGUCUUCAUUUGGAUGUUGGCGUUGUCAGCUCUACAGACAAACUAUCACGACUUCCUUGCAUCUCCAUCCCGGGAGCUUUGUCUCCAUGGGGCAAGGGACCUUCCUGUCUCCACUGGAUUUAGGAGUAUUUAUGGGAAACUACAGUUCCCAGAAUUCCUCAGAAAGGCUUGGCCAGGGAAAAUGGAAUAAACCAUGCUGUUGAAACCCCUUUUAAGUUGAUCUCUUUGGGGAAUAACUUCCUUUCUGACUUUGGGCAGUCCCUUGGUUUCACCUGAGUGCACAGAACACAACACUGUCUGAGGUAAGAGACAAGAGGCUGUCGAAGAAGGAGAAGGAGCAACCUCAGACCUCACAGCUGAGGGAGCAAAGCAUGGCGGUGGCAGGGAAGGCUGAAGUUGGAAGUGGGGUGUUUGGAGGGGUUGACAUGAGGACCAAGUUCACACAAGCUCAUCCUUUGGUGGACUGUGUUAGGUCCCUCAUCCCCUAACCAUCUCUGCUUUACAUAGAUUGCUUUCUCUGUGAAUUCCUGUGAAAAAGU